UUCAGACGAUUUCCUUGUUUUGCUAGAAAACACACUAAAACACCAAGCCGAAAAUGGAAAUGCGCGAUCGGCUGUACCAACUGAUGGUGAACCAGAGCUACAUGUCCAGGGCCACGGAGACCGCGAGCAUGUCCAAUUAUGCGAUGGGGAAUCUGAGCAUCUCGGAUGCCACAGAAAAGGCGGUGAUCAAGCUGCUGCUGGUGAUCGAGGAGAAGUACCGGAGUUACUUCGACAGCUACAAGAAGGAGGUGGAGCUCCAGAGGAUCGCGGCAGAAACCCUGCACCAACUGAUUCAGCGCUACAAGAUCGCCAUGCAGCUGGACGUGAACUGCACGUGUCCGCAGAUCUAUGACAUCGAGUCGGACGAUGCGAUCAUCAACAAGUUCUACAUCCACUACCAGGUGAUAGCCAGUUCCAACAAGAACCAAUGCUGGGCCAUCCAGGCCCUGCGUCCGUAUGUGCUGCUCUUUCGACGAGAAUGUGCCAAGCUGCAUAUGAGCGAGGAGAGCCCCUUCUCCAUGGGCGACGCUUUCCACAAGCCCAUCCAGUUCUUCAUCGAUCUGGUGGAGGAGCUGUUCGCGCACUUCUACAGCGGACACCUUCAGCUGGAUUGCGCCGCCCGUCUGUUGGAUCCCUUGGAUCUGACCAGGAUGGAGGACUACAUGAAGCUAUUGGAGCCCAACGAGGACUUCGACGAGUACUUUCUGCACAACAUAAGCUUCUGCAAGUGCAUGCGGCAGCAGCUCCUGUGUCCUCCGAACGAGCACCACAAGAAGGUCAAGGAUCAGUCCGACGCAUAUCUCAACCAUGCCAAGCAGAAGCGGUGUGCCAGGCGGUUUGAGAAAAUGGCACAGACUUCCAAGCGGGGCAGCCGUUCGGCGGAGCGGAAGUUGUCCAUUGGCAGCGCCAAGGUGAACACGAGUCCUAGUCGGCAGACUUCUGUCGUGGAAGAGCCCGUAAGCAGCCAGCAGCGUGAGCGGAACCUCACGGAUCAGCUGAUAAGCGUCCUCUGCGUUGCACCCUGAUAUGGACCCGCCCAGCUCCAAGUUGGCCAACUCGAAUUGAAAUCAGUCAAUUAAACGGGCCAAGUGCACGUGAUUGCGUUCUCCGUUUCUCGGAAAUGUCUGCGGAAAUGUAGUUAUCCGCAUGCCCCUUGUAUAUUUGUGGCACGCAAGUAGGAGUUGUUUACCAAGUAAACUUCAAAGUGAUUUGGCGAUGGUUAUGCAGCUCAAUUCGGAGGUGCUUUCAGCUGAGAACACAUUAAUUGGCAGUAAGCUACAGUUUGCACUUAAAUUAGGUGGGGCAUUUCCAAAUUUGUUGUCUGGAAA